AUGCAUAUUCUUGACUUUCCAUUGGAACUGAUUCAGAGAAUUCUGUACCAUAUGGCACUCUCUAGAGGCGUCACCCGGGAUUUGAGGUUGCGUCUUGUAUGCAAGCUUUUCCGGGACUCCCUAAGGUCUGCUCUGUUUGAAAUUCGCCUUCUUGAUGAUUUUGACCCGGGCAGGGGCAUUAUUGCAACAGAUGGACCAAGUCACGAAUGGAAAACUGGUUUGUACGGAAUCAGCACGGUGCUGAGGAUUUUUGGCAUUCCUAUAUCAUGUACCGAGUUCGGAACGAAAAGAAUCCACAGGUCGGCCGCCUGGUCGAGAUACGAGAUCUUGCAAAAGUGUACUGUCAAAAAACGAGUUCAACCGAUCUCCAUGGCACUAUCGACACUCUUUGCUGGAUGGCACUUGAACGAGCUGCCAGAUGCCCAGCUCACGCCAUGGGAUGACACGGACCGAGAUCCAGGUCUGAACCUACUUAGCGCAGCGGCAUAUCUUGGCAAUUUACCGCUGGCCAAGCAGUUGUUGAAGGAAGGUCAAUGUCCGGUAAAUAACAAUGAGCUCUUUGCCUCACCCAUGCGUCUUGCCGCAUGGUCAGGCCGCUCCGAUAUUUUGCAACUCUUUCAGGAACAGCUACCUGAGUACGAGUGUUCUUCCACGGAAGCGGGCACUAAGUUGCGAGCUAAAGCUGACUCCGGCUCUAUCACGGGAGCUGCGAUUAAUGGAGACUUAAAUAUGCUCCGUUUGACUAUCUACCCUCCCUCACGGGCCAAACCGGAUAACUCUGACUUUGCUGGAUUCCCAUACGGACACGCUGUUAUAGAGGACCCGUUCGACGAACGAGUUUACGAGCUCUACAAAGCACAUGGGGAACACAAAGAAGUUAUGGUAGACAAUGUUGUCAGAUGUCACUGCGAAUGGGGCGAUCUGGAUAUCGUCAAACAUCUGGUCAAGACUUACAGCCUUGGAACUAUCGACUUAUACGGCGCCUAUAAUUCAAAGAGCAACUGCCUUGUUGGUGCAGCUCGCGGAUGGCACGAAGACAUACUUGACUACUUGCUCGAGUCUGGCAUGCAUCCCGCAAGGUUUGCCGGCGAUGUACCCCCUCUAUAUGCAGCCACAUAUGCCGGGAGUAUGUCGAUUGUGCGCAAGCUUAUCGACCACGGUGCGAAUCCUUGUGAAGGGGUAUAUGAGAAUCUUCAUAAUGCUGUACGCUUUGAGCACACAACUCUCCUUGAGUUUCUUUUGGAAAGAAAUGGCUAUCGUGAUGAACCGUCGGCGUUGGGAAGGGCGCUAAAAGAUGCGAUUGACUUGGGACUGGAAUCCAUGGUUGAGAUUCUUCAACGAAAGAAUAGAGCUGAGGACACAAGAUUAAAUUCACGAGGCAUGAUGUAUCGAUAG